AUUGUUUUUUUCUUUUGUCGUGAAAAUCUAUAAUUCCCUGUAUAAUUACUCUGUAAUAACCUUAUAGCGAAUCAAGAAUAUUAAAAUACUCCUUGCAAAUGAAGAGUACACCCCUUGUAUGUCAUCUGUAAUGUAAUUAGAAUCAUUGCUUACAUGACUUCAAGUAAUCUUCCUCUAUCCUUGGUUCUGCUACAAUGCUUGUAGUGUCAAGGCCAGGUAGAAUUCCCAUUGUGAAGCUUUCUGUUAUUGUGCUUGAGUAAUCCAAUAAAAUAUUUACAUUUUAUAUUCCAGUUAAUGUUUUUAUCCUAGUUUUUAUUCGUAUAUGAUUACAUUUGUGUCUUCAGUGUAUAAUAAACGGAUCUCAAUCGGCCUACGAGUUGCCUUCGUCAUUUUAGUAGUAUUCUGUGCCAAACCCACAACAUAUAGCUUAGUGUCCAGCAUGUCGGGUUUCAUCAAGGAUGCUGGAGAUCUCGAGUUCGAAUUCAGACUGAGCAGACAAACAAGACGGCCCCCAUCAAAUUCACCAAUGUUUUGAUCGUUUAAAGAAAUUUGGCAUUAUUUUUCACAUAAAAGCAAACAGUGAAACACAUCGUCUUUGCUGUGUAGAAUUGCUUAAGAUCAUGCUCCGUUUCUUUUGGAAGAUUUCCUUGGUGAUAACAUACAUCGCAAUACACUUUAUAAGCAUCUCGAUCAACUUGACUACGAUGUCAGGCAAUCAAAGUGUUGCUUUAGACUGCUGCUCAGUGUUCAAUUCCCAUAGGACAAUCAUAGUCAACUGUUCCAGCUUGAACUGGACAUUUGUGGACCUUCGAUGUGUGCCAGUGACUACACAAGUGUUGUUACUGGACAGAAAUAAUCUGACUACCUUGACCAAUGGCUCUUUUCAAACACUGACAUCUCUCCUGCAACUUAGUAUUCAGUCUUCGAACAUUCAUCGGAUUGAGAUCGAUACGUUUCAAGGACUCAGCUUGCUACAAAGUUUAAACUUAGAAAAUAAUAGACUCAGUGAUAAAGUCCCUUCAUUUAACCCGCAAGCAUUUAGACAUCUUUCAAAUCUAAAACAACUUCUUAUUGGAAAGAAUCAGAACAUUUCUCAAAACUUGAGAAACGCUUUAUUUUAUUUGCAAAACCUUUCUGCCCUCUCAUUGGAUGGUUCUGAAACAUUACAUGUAGGAACGGAAUUCUCACAUUUGACCCAACUGAACAACCUUACUUUGCAUUGCUCAAACGUAACAAACAUAACAGACGAGAGUUUUGUAGGAUUGUGGCACUCUAACUUGACUAUUCUAAGUUUAAUUAGUUUUGAUAAAUUUAAAUUUGAUCCAGAAGAUAUUGAUCAGGAUACUGUACAGAAACAUUUCAGUGAUGACGCUUUUCAGAAUUUAGAUUCAUUAAAGGUUCUCAGAAUUAUUAACUGCAGAAUCGGAAAUGAAAACAUGGCCAGAAAAUUAAAACAUUUUAUCAACUCGUCGUUGCAUACAUUAUACCUAGAAGCCACGCAUUGUAAAAGAGAGUAUUAUACUCCUAACUUAACUUUUCAAGACGGAGUUAUAUUAAAGAAAACAGCUAGAUAUUUAAGUCAGUUAACUCUUUCCUAUUUCUCUUGGAUAGACAGCAAUAUUUUCGCCAUAGAACCUGGCGUUGUAUCCAGUCCACAGUGGAGACACAACUUAAGGGCUGCUGACUUCUCCAAAAACAUGAUGGGCUGGCUGGGAUGGAGGUUUCCGCUAGUAGAAGCGGCGCGCUUAGAAAAAUUGGAAGAAUUUAUUCUUACAUCCCCCAGUGCCGAAAACGAAGUUUCAUAUAGCGAUGAAUGGCUUGAUAGUGUUAAAGAAGAUAAGCUACUUCCUCGUUUUGAUUAUCAUCACAAAGAAUCUUUGGCUGAGUCCCGUGCAACAAAUAUCAGAAACAAAUGGGAUACUCUAAAUACAAACAUAAAUUACAGAAAUAAUAGAGACGCUACGAUUUCUCAAGCGUUUCAAAUGAAGCAUAAAAAUGAUUUCGUAACUAGUUACUCAUUCAACACAAAAGGAGCUUCAGUGUUUGAGCCUUUUACAGUAACUUCGUAUGAAGCGUCUGCUCAGUUUGAUUCUAUCCGUGAUCAAGAUUUGGAUAGAUUCUCAGAUAAUCCUCCGUAUCCUGUUGACACAGGGACCUGGACUGUCAGAAUGCCCCUCUCUUUGCGCAAAAUUAAAAUUAUGUACACGCUCCAGGGAGAUAAUAAUUACGGCAACCAAAGUGUACACUUCAUUCAGAGUCACGGUGAGGCUGCCAACUUAACACAUUUUUACUUUGUUGGUAACGGUAUACUUCGAGGUACGGGCACAAUGACGGGACUUACCAAUCUACAACUUUUUGACCUAUCCAAAAACUCAGUUUUUGUUUCUCCAUAUUUUUUCGACGACUUCCCCUCUCUGAGAUACCUUAUUUUACAAUCUAUGAAGAACGAAAAUUUCUUCCAACGUAUAAGUAUUUACAGAAUCAUUCAGAACAUGCCAGAACUGAGAUAUUUAGAUCUUACAGACAAUAAACUCAAUUUUCUUCCUCCAAAUUUAUUUUCCAGAAACUCUCACAUUACUCAUGUGAUAUUGGCUAAAAAUAGAUUUUCCUCUUUUCCAAUCACGAUGGAUUUGGUUCCUAAUUUAAAACUUCUUGAUUUGUCUGGAAACGCUCUCAGUUAUCUAACAGAUGAAGAGAUGACAGCUCUGACGAAACACUCGGAAAAUGUUCCAGAUUUUUAUUUAGCUCUGGCUGAAAAUAAUAUUGUUUGUGUGUGUUCUCAGAUAAAAUUUAUUUUUUGGUUAAACAUCAGUGCAUUUCUGGAUAACAAGGGAAACUACUCAUGCACUUCUCAGGAAGGUCAGCGUAUUUCAACUGAUGAGUUGUGGCAAGAUGUCUUAGGAUUUUACAGACUAUGUUAUGGCUACAAUUAUCUGUUGAUCUCCAUCGUUCUACUGCUCGUCAUGUCCUUCAUCUUCUUGAUGGUCUACCUCGUGCACAGAUUUAGAACCGCCAUAGAAGCUUACUUGGUACGGAUCUUCAUUAGGGCAUUUCGACCAAUGAAAUCCAGCGACUACAAGACACACGUUUUCAUUGGCUAUGCUGAUGAUGAUGUCGGCUUCGUAAGAAACACAUUAUUGAGGUAUUUGGAAGAGGAUCUCAAUUUCUCUACCUUUGUCCAUCAUCGUGACCUGGGUUCUGGCUACACUGACCAACAGAUGUUUGAGGCCAUGAGAGAUAGUUGGAGGAUAAUCUUAGUUAUAACACAUAGAUUUUUGAACCACUACGACCUCUCGGACAUUGUCAUGAAGUAUGCCAGUCAUUCUGUGAGCCCAGCCAAUGAAAAACGUGUUGUCCUAUUGGCCCAACAAACUCAGUUGUACAACAUCCCAGGCUCCUUGUAUGAUGUCCUGGAAGACUCGCGAAUCAUUGUCAUCUCUGAUCUGUCUGCUCACCUGGACUACGCACAGAGACAAAAUCUAAAGGAAUGUCUUCGUGAUAUCGAUUGACUUUAUUUUUUAAUGCAGAGCAAUGAUCAGUACGUUUUAAUUGAUAUUUAUAUGGAACCCUAUAAAUACUAUGUUAUUGGUUCGAGAGUCAACACUGAGGAAAAAUCAGGAGCUUGUGCACUUUAAGCUGCUUUGAGAAAACGAUGCUUCACUCUGGCAGAACUGAAUGUAACCUGUGUUAUUACCUUAUGUUCCUUUGGAUACAUCUACCUUGUGUUGAUAGGAAAGAAACUGCUCGACAUCGUUGCGACCAUAUAGAAUGCUAAGGUUUCUUCUUAUUUUUAUGGAAAUAUCCACAGUCAAUUCAAAACUGGAGGCCAUAGAAAAGAAAAAAGAAUUUUGUUUUAAUAUAUAAAAAAUAAAAAAUAGGUGCUAACAUGUUAAAGUUACAUAUUGUUUCGUCCAGCCGACGUAAGGGGGAAAAGCCUCUAUUAGGUUUGUGCAAAAUGUCCGUCUGUCCGUCUCUCGCACUAAGAUCUCGAAAACUGAAAGAGAUAUGAAAAAUAUUAUUUCAUCAUUAAAUGCGGCUUCAAAAGUUUAGGUGCAACGGCUACUUUUGGUUUUCUAAAAGCAAAACGUUUAAUUUAUAAAGUUAAUUAUGCAAGCGAUUUUUUCAUAAAAAUACACCAAUUCUAAAACAAUUACGUAAAUGCAAGGGAGGCAAUGUUACAAUAUGCUAAGAAAGAUGUACAAUUUUUUGUGUAUUUUGAGUAUCACUAAGUCAAAUAUAUUUCUAAAAUGUACAGGAAAUGUUUACAACAAAUAUAAAUAAUAGUUAAAGAUGUUUUUUCUGGUCAUUAGCUGCUAAAAUUAAAAGAAAACAUUUCUGUUUGUUUAUAAAGGCUAAUAAUGCACUUUGUAUGUAAAUAUCACGCACAUUUUUUAAAAUGGACUUUUAUGCAGCGACUUUCGUACAGUAGCGUAACGUCAAAACUCGCAAAAGUACCAAAAUAGUUCCUUAAACUUUUGAAAAAAAUCAGAUUUUAUUUAUUUUUUUGUUUAGUGCCCCCAUCCAAAUAAAAGAAGCUUAUUUUGUGCGUUUUGUCUGUUGAUUGGUCUGUCCGUCACGAUUAGAUUUACAAAUUCAUUCAUACGCUAUUGUAAAUCUGAUUUAACCUUUAAUUUUUUUAUUCAGAAAUAUUGCAAUAGUUUUAAGUAUCUAUAAUAGAUUGUUCGUGACGUUUUGUGAAAAGCUAAUCAAUGCCAAUGAAUAUUUCUUUGCUCUUCUAACUUAUAUUAGAUUUUAUUUCCAUUCUUAAACGUUGCAAGAAACACGUGAUCUUUAAUAUAUUGUUCCGCUUUUUAAAUCUAAAUCUCAUAUAAAUGCAAAAUAAAAAUAUUUAUAUUGAUUUAUAUUUCAUUAACUAUAAAGUUGUUCCGGAUAUUGUUUUAUAAAAAAUAAAUUAUGUCAAAUGAUUGUUUGAAAUUGCAUAAUUGACCAAUAUUACAUUUAUAUUCUUUGACACUACGUCACUAUAGUUUAUUUAUCAAUAUCAAUGGUUUCAAAUUUUUAACUUAAAACAAAUUUAUGUCAAAUAAUUUUAUUUUUUUCAAAAAUAUCGACAAUAGGUUGUUCAGGAUUUUAAAAUAAGAAAGUAAUUUACAAGAAACGAUUAUUGAAUAUCAAUUUUUAGACUUAUUUUACAGUUAAUUUUCUUGCCGAAACAUAAUAAAAGCUGUUUAAGCGGUAAAGAAUGUUCCGGAUUUUGUUUAAAAAAAGAAAUCGACCUACAUUACCUUAAUUUUCUUACAAAUCGUCGCCAAAAAUGAUCCGAACUUUAUAACGCUAAUAAAUGUUUGAAAUCCCUCUUCUAAUAAAAUAAACAAAUAAUUUUCUCAUUUACGAAAAUUGGUUAUUCCGGAUUUCUUAAGAAAAAUUUUUUAACUCUAUUUAUGUAAAAUCGCACUUCUCUCUUACAGUAUAUUUUAUUUUCUAGCUAAAACGUUAGAAAAUCUAAUUUUCGUUAAUGUCAUGCUCCGAUUUUUAAGGAAAUAACUUCCUAACACCAAAGUAUGGAUUGAAAAUCUCUCCAUAAGGCUAUGGUACAUCUAAUUUUCAUAACAGACCAUCCAACAAAUUUAUUUAACGGUAUUUGAUUAAUCUGGAAUUCUUAUUUUCUCUCACUAUAAAUAUAUAAACAUCCGGAACAAUCUAUUAUAGAAACUUAAAAGUAAAAUUAAAUUUUAAUCAGAUUUUCAUUAGCUUUUAGUCUUUUUUUUUCUCGCUAUUAACAAGAAGAACAGACAAACUGACAGACAAAACAAGAAAAAUGCGUCUUUAAUUCUUAUAUAUAUAUAUAUAUAUAUAUAUAUAUAUAUAUAUAUAUAUAUAUAUAUAUAUAUAUAUAUAUAUAUUUUUUUUUUUUUUAUUUAUUUAUUUAUUUAUUUAUUUAUUUAUUUUUUUAUUUAUACAUAUUUAGUCUAACUAGCCCAUCAAAUAAAAAGCUAAAAGAACAAACUCGGUGCACCAAUGUCUAUGAUCCCUCGAGAAGCUGCUCGUAUAGAUGACAUUUUUAGUCUAACUAGGACGUGUGACGUAGUGGAUUCUUUUCCUUUGACGUCAUAUGGAGUUAAUUCUUUAAAUGAAAUGCUAAAAGCAAUCCCUCGCUGCACCAAUGUCUAUGAACCCUCAACAAGCUGCUCGUAUAGAUGAUAUUUUUUAGUCUAACUAGGCCGUGUGACGUAGUGGAUUCUUUUCCUUUGACGUCAUAUGGAAUAAAUUCUUUAAAUGAAAUGCUAAAACAACUCGGUAUAGUAAUGUUUAUUAAACCUCGUAAUGUGACUCGCAUUUUAAAAAUAAAUAAUAGCUAGAUUUAGAUAUCUAGAUUUUUUACACUAGAUCUAGAUUUUUUUUUACACUAGAGCUAGAUUUUUUAGACUAGAUCUAGAAUUUGUUCGUAUCCUAGAGCUAGAUUUUUAUUAAAACUAGAUUUAGAUUUAAGUUCUAAUUAAAAUUAUUCUAGAAUCUACAUCAAGAAUUUCUUGGUCUAGUUUAGAAUGUUUGCUAUGUUACAUGUUUGGGAUGUUCCUUUAGAGUUGUAGUCCAAACCUCCCACAGGACGACGAGGGAUGGGAGCGGGCAAGGUUUGAACCUGGGACCAUCGAUGAAUCCAAACGACAGUCCAGCGCGCAAACCGCACUACCAGACAGCCAUGAUUUAGACUAAAUCAAGAUCUAUAAUUUUAAUUUCUAGGUUUAACGUGUAGAUUUUUAUUUCUUAAGUCUAGAAUGUCAAUAUGUCAAUAUUGCCAUGUUAUAAAAUACUAAAACUAAUCUACUUUUUAAUAUUUCAUAUUGCAAUUAAUCUAUUAAUUGAUUAUCUAGUUUUUUUUUUAUAAAUCUUAUCUAAAUUACAUUUACAUUAUCCCAAAUAUAUAUAUUUUAGAUCUAGAUCUAGUAGAUAUAGAUAUUGAGAGUGCUAAAUUAGUAGCUUAAUUUAAGUAGAUCUACAUUCUCAUUCUAGUUCCAUUUAAAUGAAAAUACUUAAUACCAAAAGAUUAUCUAAAAUCGCUCUUCUGACAUAUUCUACAUAUCCGGUAGUUGUCAUUCCGUAAUGUGUAGGUAUAUUAUCAUUAAUAGGCUAUUAGUUUGUAAUCAGUUUGUCAUUAGAUUAAGAGCAAUGCCUGGUCGUGCGGUUAGUGCGCAGGACUGAUUAUCUCUAAGGUCUCGGUUUCAUACCCUGCUCGAAUUCGACCAGCGAAUAUGCUGAUCCGACAGGGAUCCGUCUCCCACGGGGGCCGCCUCUUUGUAAUCUUGUUUUUUUUUCAGUUUGAUUAUUAGUUGUGAGCUUAGAGAAGAAAUGAAUUGUAACGUAGGUGUUCAUGAAAGGUGUGCUGACUCAGAUGUCAGUAGCAGAUCAGGUCAGGUCAGAGCUGGUCAGGUCAGGUCAGGGAUGUUUGUUGAUAGCGUUUCCUCUUUUAAAGAUUUUGAGUGCCUUUGUAUUUUGUUUUAUAAAGUAACUAUUUAGACAUUGUACAAAUUCGUUUGAGAAGUGGAAAAGGAAAAUCAGCCAAAAGUCAUAUGCAGAUGUUACUUUUUUUUUAUAUGCCUAUGAUACUUACAUGAUAUACAAACAAAUAUGUCUAAUUAUUUUGUUUAAGAUUAGCUUUGAAUGUUAGUAGAGAUUUUAUUUAUUUUUUGUAUUUGUAGUAAUUGACACUUGCCAAACAUUUAAUAAAGAUAUUUGUUUUUAGA